AUGGCUCUGACGAGUAGAAAGGAACUCGGGGAGGCCAAUGCAAAGCUGAUGAUCCGAGGCGGAUAUGAGAACCAGCUGGUCCUUCUCACAGCAGGAGAAGCAAUCACUCUUUCGGAACUCGUCAACGUUAUCAAUGAGACCACAGGCCGACAUGUCAAGGUAGAGAAAAUUUCACCAGAGGAGUACGUUCGCUCCAAAAGUGCCAACGACCCGGGAAAGAAGAGUGCUUGGUUCUUUCAGACACGCCUGUCGUGGUUCGAGGGAAUCACUCGUGGUGAUGCUAGUACGACAGAUCCGCUGAUGGCGGAUCUUCUAGGGCGAGAGCCGACGACGGCGAGAGAGGCCGUCUGUGCCUUUCUGAAAGAAAACCCGAAUUAUACGUGGCAUCAAAAUUAUGCAAAGCAGGGAUAG